GUCAAAACUUACAUUCUUUGAGAAACGGGUGUUAAUUCAGAAAAUAGCAAUAUUUACCUUUCCAACUAUUUUCCACAAGUUUUGUGCGUUAUAAAAUUGCUUUCAUUUCCAGGAUUUGAAAUGAACGGAUUUCUUUCGUUGGCACUCUUACCAUUAACCUUUAUGGUCAGCCCAUCCCAUGCACAAAAUGCGUCCUCGCAUUACGCCCAAUUUGAUCUGGAGGACCUGAAAUCAUGGUAUAGUGAGCAAUUGCCACAUCAUAGAGACAAGCGGUUUCUGUGGAUGACGCACAAAAAGAAGAUCGUCUUUCCCCCUGGAACGCAACUCGUGCUUACGCCCACUUUGGCUAUGCCUUUAUUGAGGUAUCCACCUCAGGGAUUGGAUACCAAUUUGACGAUUUCAACGCCAUUCACAAUUAAGUUUGAUAGGCUGGGGUUGACAGAUAAUGAGAAUCCGAUUGGGCUGAUGCCGUUCCUGAACCCAGGAGCAGGUAUUUUGGGAGGUAAACGGCGAAAAAGGCGGAUACUGCCAGAGCCCUUGAUAGAACCAGAGGAUAUUCAUGGUGGGGAAAGGGCAUUACUCUAUGAAAUCAUGGAGGACUUCAUGUUCAAAUUAGGCAUGGACGGGAAUCCAUGCUUGCUCAGGGCAAUAUGUGAGAUGCAUGAAUCCCCAUUGAUGGGUUACGGUCUAUUCGGGGAGAUGUUGGAGCUCAUACUCACAGCGAGUAAAUCUCCAUAUUCGAGACGCUUGUCUGACUACAUAGAAGCUGAGCGUCAAGGCAAGGAGGAUGGUGAAUGUUGGCGUUAUUUCAAGGAUUGUCCCAAGUCCCUCUUUUCAACGACAUCUAGAUACUCAUUGACUUCCUCAUUUUUGAAUUUCAGAGAAAAGCCUUGA